CAACCAUAAACGCGCGUUGAUGAAUGUCAAUGUGUGGCUAAAUUUUAUGCUUCCUGAGAGAUAUCAGUCAGUGUGGUGCAGAGCAUUUUUAAAUCUUCUUUUAGUCUUUUAAUCUUCAAAACCGUACAAUGAGCGAUUUAAGAGGUAUUACGAAGGAAUUUCUGACGGAAUUCAUUCUUCUGUAUCGAUCAUUUCCGUGUCUCUGGAAGACCAAAUCCAAAGAAUAUAUGGAUAGAAAUAAAAAAAAUGACGCUUAUAAAAUUUUAACGGAAAAACUAAAAGAAGUGGAGGAAAACGCUACAAAAGAAGCAGUGAAAACAAAAAUAAAUACUCUCCGCGGAGGGUUUCGCCGAGAAAUGAAAAAAGUUUUAAAUUCAAAACGAUCAGGGGCAGGCGCAGAUGAUGUGUAUGUCCCAAAUUUAUGGUACUACGAACUGUUGCUGUUUAUUAAAGACCAAGAACUUCCACGGCAAUCUGUAACAAACAUAGAAGUAAACUGCGAUAAUGAAGAAAACGCAUCAGAAAUAUUUAUGGAACAACAAAAUGAGACAGAGGAAAAUCGAAAUGUGGAUAAUGAGGAUUUUGCUUUAAGCCCUGCUUCUAAUAUUAGUCGCGCUGAAACCGCCCAUUCAAAAAGUGAAACAAUUGUAACCACACCAGCCACAAAACAAAAAAGACGAAGACAUGAUAGAAAAGCAGAAGAACAAACAGAUGAGAUUCUGGCAGUCGUUAGUGAACGGUUACGAGCUGGUCCAAAAAUAGAUGAUAACUUUUCAAUUUUUGGUGCUAAUGUUGCUGCUAAGUUACGAAGUUUGCCCACAGAAACUCGACUUUAUUCAGAAAAGUUGAUAAAUGAUGUUUUGUUUGAAGCCGAAAUGGGAAAUAUUAAUAGAACAACUAAAAUAGUCACAUCCUCGAUUCAAUCUUUUGCCUCACAAAAUAACACUUUUAAUUACCCUUCGAAUUAUUUAUGUGGCGUACGUACACCUUUCAACGCUUCAUACACACUAAAUAGCCAGCAACAAGCAGAGCCAAUUUAUCAGGAUCAAGCAUAUCUGGGCGCUCAGCACUCAUCUGAGAUACAACAAAACAUAAAUAAUCCGCCGAUUUUUCAAUCACAAGGAACUGUGAACUGUUUGCCAGUAAGUUCAUCUGGUACAUCUGACAAUAAUUCCCAAACUGUUGUUUCAUUCGUACGAAAUUUUACUCCUUGA